CAAGGUCAUUAGUGUGGUCGCACUCCAGUGGUAGUUAUUGGUGCUCAAAGUUUAACUUGGCCACAGAAGUUUACCGAAGACCAGAAUCCUUUGCCUCACAAUCAAGAAGCAAGCACGAAGAAAUGAAAUUGGUUUAUGCUAGCUCGGGAAACGAUAUUGGAUAUUGGAUAUCAGCUUGCCGGUGAAUUCGGGCUCAAGAAAAUUGAAACCUUGUGGGUUGCUUCCAAGACAAAAUGACGUCGUAUGAUGCCAGAGAGGAGGAAGCAGAAGUGUUAAGAUCAAUUUUCGAUGAAGAAGAACUAUCAAUAUCAAAAAGUUACAAUCUAGAAUACAAGGUGGGUGAACAAGGAGCAACGUCUUCAUUCAUUGUACAAAUCCAUUGGCCUAUGGGUUAUCCUGAUGUUCUGCCUCGCAUUUCUAUGGAUUCUUUUUAUAACAAUCAUGUACCAUUAAAGGUUAAGGAAACAAUCGUCAAAGAAUUGUUAUCCCUUGCAGAAGAUCAACUUGGCUCAGCCUUAACUUUCACACUGAUUGAAUACCUGAAAGAAAAUUGUGAACGAUAUGUCAAAUUGUUCUCAAGUGAUAAAGUCGAAGAAUCACAAUCUAAUGCACUUGCAAGUGAAACAAGCCAAGCAUCUACGUCACAUAAGUUAAAUAAACAACCUCAGUUAUCUAAAGCACAAAAAAGAAAACAACAGGACAGACUGGGACAAGAUGGUGAAUUACCUAGAGGUUGGAAUUGGGUCAGUGUAAUAAAGCAUCUUCAGCAGACUGGAUCAGCAUCGUAAUAUGGAAAGACUUAUUUUCGUUAUGUCUGUGUGUUUAAUGAUAAUUGAGUAACAUAUUCUAAAAUUUGAAUUAGUGAUGCUGUCAG